GCUAUUUGUCAGCUCUGCCUCAGUCCCAUGGCUGUCAUGUGAUAUUUUUACUCGAGAAAAGAUUCGUGAUCGCAGCUCCUUCUUAUUUUUUACUUUUCCUUAAACCACUUCGUGUCGAUCCUUGAGUCCGCAAGAUGGUUUCCGAGUGGGUGCCUCCGAUCGUUAUCACCUGUAUUUGGGCGUUCAUUGGGAUUAUCUGCCCCUUUUUUGCCCGAGGUCCUAACAAGGGGGUGACUCAAUGCUGCCUUAUGCUCACCGCAUCAACCUGCUGGCUUUUCUGGCUGUGCUGUUACAUGACGCAGCUUAACCCGCUGAUCGGACCCAAGUUGUCGAUGACCGAGAUCAUGAUUAUGGCCCGCGAGUGGGGCAAUGAGAUCAAAGACACCAUGGAUGUGGUCGUCUAAUUAGAAUGCAUUCGUUUCACGUGUUUUGUUAUUGUUUUCUUUACCUUGAAUGCUCCUGCAUUCUGUAUUAUUAAUUUCACUUUAAUGUUCAAAGCAACAAAUAAAAUGUAUUGUUUACUACGUUC